UGAUCUAAUCGUACACAAAUCUCAAGGUAAAAAUGUGUCCCAGUAUUGAAUGAGUUAAACACGUCGAACUGUAAACUUUCUCACACUUUCACUGACAAAUGAUAAAAUUCCUGCAUAUUUUCGCUAUAGUAACACGAACACACCCAAAAACCGUAAGAAUCUACCCUUUACCUUCAAUUUACCUUGAAUUUACCUUUCCCUCCCGCCUCCCCGCCGCCCUUUCCCCUUCCCUGGCAGUGAGGCAACGGCAAGCAGACAGGCAGGUUGCAAGCAGUUCACGUGCGAGAUGGCUGGAGUAAGGGUGGACUGCUUCGUGGUGGUGCUGGUGGUGAUGGUGGUGAUGGUGGCUGGUGUGUUGGAUGCUGCGGUCGUACAUGUGCCCCGCGUCAGACUGCCAGACAUAGCCACGAGCUUUCUGAAGGAUGUCAACGAGCAGGGUUCGAACCGAUGCACCGCGUCUCUCUCCGCACAGUGGGCCUACCAAACCAACGUGACGGAGGAGACCAGGAAGGCACAGAAUGAAGCGCUCCUGGACUUCGCGGUGUGGCGGCAGGAGACCGGCAAUGCAUCGAGAACCUUUGCCUCCCUCGGCCCUCUGUUGUCGCGUGAUCAGAGGCGCCAGCUCCGUUUUCUGUCCUCCCUCGGCAUGGCUGCGUUACCCGAGGCUGAGCUGGAGGAGUACACAAGCCUUAAGACCGAGAUGCUGCAGGUGUACAGCAGUGCCAGGGUAUGUGACUUCAACCAGCCCGCCAAGUGUGACCAGACUCUUAGCGCAGACCUGAGCAGGAUGAUGAAGUCGAGCCGGGAGUACCAGGAGCUGGCCCAUGUGUGGCGAGCGUGGCGGGACAACACUGGCAGGAAGAUGCGGCCGUACUUUAGCCAGCUGGUGACCCUUGCUAACAGGGCCGCUCAACUCAAUGGUUUCGACAAUCGGGCAGACCAGUGGCAGGCGAAGUACAACAGCAAUGGCAACUUUACCUCUGUCCUCAGUGAAAUCUUCCAGCAGCUGGCGCCCUUGUACCAGCAGCUGCACGCCUACGUCAGGAGGAAGCUGCGAGAGCAAUACGGUGAGACACACAUCAGUAGGAAGGGACCUAUACCUGCUCACCUGCUGGGCUCCAUGUGGGGACAGCGGUGGGAGGACAUCUACCUUGUGAAGCCCUACCCACUGAAACCUUCACUGGACAUCACGCAGGAGAUGAAGGCACAGGGAUACACAGUGAGGAAAAUGUUUGAGUUGGCGGAUGAUUUCUUCGUCUCUCUGAACAUGACUCGCCUCCCAACCUCCUUCUGGCGAAAUUCCCUCUUCGUCCGCCCCUCAGACAGGAAGGUGUUGUGCCAAGCUUCAGCCUGGGACUUCUGCAAUGGCAAGGACUACAGAGUGAAGAUGUGCGCCAAGGUUCACAUGAAGGACCUGCUCUCCAUCCACCACGAGCUGGGCCACAUCCACUACUACCUCCAGUACAACCACCUGCCACUCGUCUUCCGCAAGGGUGCCAACCAGGGUUUCCACGAGGCACUGGGAGACACAGUUAUCAUGAGCGUGGGCACACCGAGGCACUUACAGAGAGUGGGUCUGCUGAAGGAGGUAGAGGAGGACAAUGAGCUGGAAAUGAACUACCUGCUGAGAGUGGCGCUGCGUUGGGUUCCUCUCCUGCACUUCGCCUAUGUGCUGGACUUGUGGCGCUGGGAGGUGUUCAGCGGCCACGUUCCCGAAUAUGCCUGGAAUUGUGUGUGGUGGGAAUUAAGGUUCCAGCUCCAGGGCCUCAAGCCGCCAGUAGUCAGGACAGAGAAGGAUUUUGACCCCGCCGCCAAGUACCACGUGGUCGCGGACGUGGAGUAUAUUAGGUACUACGUGUCAACAGUACUGCAGUUCCAGUUCUACAAGGCCCUGUGUAUGAAGGCAGGAGAGUAUGACCCUCUUGACCCUAGCAAGCCUCUGCAUAAGUGUGACUUCUAUAACUCCUAUGAGGCGGGAAACACCCUUAAGAAAAUGUUGAAGCUUGGGCGUUCGAGACCAUGGGAGGAAGCGCUGGGGGUCCUGACAGGGGAAGCUGAAGGAAGACUGGAUGCUACUGCUAUGAGGGAAUAUUUCAAACCCUUAGAGGAGUGGCUGGCUGCAAACAACGAGAAGCAUGGCGAACACAUUGGCUGGCAGUCUGACGGAGAGUACUGCAAGCAAGGCUCACUGGGGGCUCUUCGCUGACCUCCAACCUUCAGGCCAACUUUCCCUUCCCUUCUUGGUGGUGUUCGUCUUGCCACAGCCCUGACCCUCCCAUGCCCUCCCUUGCCUCCUGCUGUGCUGCUGGUACCUCCCCUCUCUCCAUUCCCUGCCCCAUUCCCUGCCCCGCCUGCCUCUAGUGACCCGUGACUCAGCCAGGUGUGUGUAGGUGUGUCGUCAUUGGUGGUAGUGCGUUGUGCUAUGAAUGUUGCUCCUCUCUCUCUCUCUCUCUCUCUCUCUCUCUCUCUCUCUCUCUCUCUCUCUCUCUCUCUCUCUCUCUCUCUCUCUCUCUCUCUCUCUCUCUCUCUCUCUCUCUCUCUCUCUCUCUCUCUCUCUCUCUCUCUCUCUCUCUCUCUCUCUCUCUCUCUCUGCUAAAGUAGUGAAGUAAGUAGACAUAUCUAUCAAUACAUUUGUCUACCUAUUAUUGUUUUAUCUAUUUGUGUUUCGUAUGGUUAAGUAAAGAUUGUAAUGUCCCGUCUGUUAAAGUUUAUGUGUGUGUGUGUGUGUGUGUGUGUGUGUGUGUGUGUGUGUGUGUGUGUGUGUGUGUGUGUGUGUGUGUGUCAGUGUGUGUCUUUCCAUCUGCAAGUUCAUUUCCGUUCUGUUACUCAUUUAUUUCUUUAAGUUUGGUGUCAUUUGUAGAACACUUCACGUUUUUGUAGAGUGAUGAUGUAAUGCAUUAAUAUAACACACUUACUUGUACCAUUCCGGGUCUUGAGUGCAAUGCAGAACUUAAUACCGUUCACAGAUAGUUCUUAGAUUCACUUAGUGUGUUGAAAAUAUUAAUAAUUCGUAGCCAGUCUCAGAAAAGGAAGGUUGUCUAAUGUUGGGUUAUUCUAUUUAGCCAAGAUAAGAAAUAAAGGCUUUUAUUUUAUACUCUUUAUGUUUUGUGUGAUAGAAACACUGGAAUAAGAGAGUAAAAAUAAAUAAUAAAAGAAUUCUUACUGA